UUCCACCUUAGCUUGCCUCUUGAUGCCGAACAGGCUUGGAUAAUAGAAACAUCAAGUGGAUACGAAUAUGACUUCGUGUAUGAAAACUCAACCUGCACAGAUAUCCAGGACACGAAUAAACCUUCCGAAGGUACCACCAGUAUGGGAAAAAAGGGAAAUUCAGCACAAGGGACCGAACAACAUUGUAACUCCACCACUAUUGUACAACGAAACCAGAAGGAUAAAACAGAAACUAGAGAACAGAAAAUUAAAACUUUGAAAGCGCUUCUUCGCAAGCAAGAAAAAGCUGUCAAUAAAUUAAGGCCUGAUGCUUAUAAGAAAACAAACAAUCAAGCAUCAGCGUCUCUUGAGAAAGUAAAGAAUUUUUCUAAAUCUUCAAAGGGAAAUCGCCCACCGACAAAACGACAGCGCGGAGGAGAUAUGGGGACUAAUGCUCGCAGAAGCAAAAGGAAAAAAGUGGAGAAUACUAAAGUCACAGCUUACAGAGAUGUUGACAUCCUGAUGAGCAGAGGAGACCUAAUGACUAAAGAUGAGUUUCUAGCUUGUGUUGGACUCAUCAGAGUGGCAAAGUUCCACUAG